AAAUAAGGGAAAAAAAAGAAGAAAAAGCCGUUUUAUCGGACUCUGUCUCUCUUUCCCCCCAAACAUUCCCCAUUUCCUCCAUUUUUCAUCAUUUUGUUAACUCCAUCAUCGAAACGCAUUUUGUGUCGGUGAAGAAUUUCUUGUUAUAUCAUCUCACAAUGGAAGAACGGUGGAGAUUCAUCACUUGGUUGAAGCUCUUCCGCGUGUUUGUGGCGGUUGUGUCUCUGUCCCCCUUCAGCAUGCAACCUAUUUGGUGUACGACUCUCAACAAUGAAGGGUUGGCUCUACAAAAGAUGAGGGAGAGGGUGGUGAUAGAUCGAUUGGGUGGUUUAUCAAGUUGGAAUAGCAAAGAGGGAGAGAUUGAUCCCUGUUCCUGGUUCGGAGUUGAGUGCUCCCACGGCAAUGUUGUAUCCUUGAACUUGAAAGAUCUAUGUCUCCAUGGAACACUAGCACCUGAAAUUGGGAAGCUGGUUCACGUUAAAUCAAUCAUUUUCCGUAACAAUUAUUUCUACGGAGACAUCCCUAAGGAGAUACUACAAUUAGAGGACCUGGAAGUUCUUGACUUAGGAUUUAACAACUUUAGUGGGCAAUUUCCAUUUCAUGACCUUGCAAGUUAUCCAUCCCUGACUACCCUUUUAUUGGACAACAAUGACAAUCUUGCUAGCUUAACUCCAGAAGUUUAUGAGCUCAAGACAUUUUCUGAAUUGCAUGUAGAUGAAGAACAACUAACUGGUGCCACCACUAGAGAAGCAUGUGCUAGCAUAACUAAUAACUGGCACAUUGGUCAACAUGGGGAUAUAGCAUCCAGAAGGAAACUUCUCCAAGCAGCAAAUCGUUCUAAGAGAGGUGAUGAUGAAAAAGAAACUCUUUCACCAUCACCAUUUCCCUCUACACUAUCACCAGUUCUUGAGCCUUUCUCAUCAUCCGAGAGUCCCUCAGAUUCACCAAUAUCAUCUCCAGAAAUUUCCCAUUCACCAUCUCCAUCUCUCUCCACUUUCUUUUUCAUUCUCUCACCCUCACCUUCACCUGAGGUAGCACCAACUCCAGACUUAUCACCUCCAGCAAAUCCACCAAUGGUUGUGUUCACACCACCACAGUCCAAUUGGGGUUCAAUGCCUUCUCCUGCUUCAUCUUCAAACCAAGGGAAUGCAUACAGUUCAAAUACAAAGCAACAUACUGUGAUUAUUUGGUCUACAGUUGGGGGCUUCUCCUUCUUGAUUUUGGUUUCUGCCAUUGUUUUUGCUUGCUUCAGAAGUAAUAAGGUUGUAACUGUAAAACCUUGGGCCACAGGGUUGAGUGGCCAGCUGCAGAAAGCAUUUGUAUCAGGUGUUCCGAGUCUGAAGCGAACAGAACUUGAAGUCGCUUGCGAAGAUUUCAGCAAUAUUAUUGGCUCACUACCUGAGGGGACUAUUUAUAAGGGGACUCUCUCCAGUGGAGUUGAGAUUGCUGUAGCAUCCUCUGCAGUGACUUCAUCCCAAGACUGGUCCAAAAAGAUGGAAACUCAGUUCCGAAAGAAGAUAGAGAUGUUGUCAAGAGUGAACCACAAGAAUUUUGUGAAUCUUAUUGGAUAUUGUGAAGAGAAUAAGCCAUUCACAAGGAUGAUGGUUUUUGAGUAUGCUCCAAAUGGAACGCUAUUUGAGCAUCUACACAUUAGAGAAGCAGAACAACUAGACUGGGGAAUGAGAAUGAGGAUCGCUGUGGGAAUAGCCUAUUGUCUGGAGCACUUGCAUCAACUGACACCACCCAUUGCCUACAGAAACAUACUAUCUUCCUCUAUGUACCUGACUGAAGACUAUGCUGCUAAAUUAUCAGACCUUAGUUUGUGGACUGAUAUAGUCUCCACAAAGAAGGGCUCUGAAGCUCCACAGCUGUUGGAAACAGCUUCAGCAUAUAUAAAGGCCAAUGUUUACAGCUUUGGAGUACUAUUGUUUGAAUUGAUUACUGGAAGAAUUCCCUUUGCUAUGGAGAAUGGCUUAUUUGAAGAUUGGGCAGCGGAAUAUAUGAAGGGGCAACCAUUGAAAGACUUGGUGGACACAAGCCUCAACUCUUUGCAAGCAAAUGAAAUUGAGAAAUGGGAAGAAGUGAUCAACAGCUGUGUACAUCAAGAUCCUGAAAAAAGGCCUACUAUGAGAGAGGUUACUGCUAAGUUGAAGGAAAUCACUGCCAUGGGGCCGGACGGAGCAACUCCGAAAGCAUCUCCUCUUUGGUGGGCAGAAAUAGAAAUCAUGCCCAGUGACUUAAGUUCAGAGGUUAAACCAUGACUCCAUGUGAAAAAAUCUAUCUUUUGGGAUAAUAAUCUGAGCAACUACUCUGAAUUUGGAGUUUGAUGCCAUUUUUUUUUAAAAAAAUUCUUCUUAGUUAUGCUUUAGAUUCUUCUUUUUUUUAAGCUAACAGAAGUAGGAUGGAUGGAAGAAACAACUGUUGUCUUAGUAGAGCAAUUUAAUUUUGUAAAUAGUUGAGGAAUGAAUUUGUUUUUUGUGCUUUUAUAAAUGAAUUUUGCUUUUCUUUAGUGUGGAAAUGGCCAUGGGAAAGAAAAAUGGUUAUGAUAGGUUAGUUUUGUGAUGAGAAAGAAACAAGUCCCAAUUUUUUUGUGAUAUGAAGACAAAUACAAGACAUCAAGGUGUUCUUUUUCUCUAAAAUAUCCUCUCACCUUUUCCAUAGGGUAUUUUUUAAUGUACUAGAUGUACUAAGGUCUAAAUACUAUGGACCAAGAACAGCAACAAACCAAGAAGAUGGUUUCAGUGGAAUCUAUAGUCUACACUCACCCACUUGGUGUGUCAUGUUCUUUCCAAAACGGACAUGUGAAUUUCUAGUUG